AUGGCUCAACCACCAGAACAGGCUGUCUUCGCGUUGAACGGCGACCAAACGACGAUACCAUUCCACCUCAGAAGAUAUCCUGGCACCGUGGUCCGUGUUCGUCUAUAUCAGCGACAAGCUAAUAGGCUGUUCUACGAGAUCGAUGGCAGUCGGAGAUCAGACGGAAUAUACAAGGAAGGUUUCCACAAUAUCGAUAAGGAUUGGAGGAAUCGGUCAUAUCUUUCUACGAGUCGAGAACCUGCCUUGCUGAAGGUGGGUCACGUCACCUUGUUCGAUUCAGACACCUAUGUCUGCAACGUGCAGUACGCGGGCUCCGAGGAAACUUUCAACGAGACCGUCCGCCUCAUAGUGAUGGCUCGAGCGGCCAAUCCCUUCAUCUAUGUUAACACCCACCAGCAGCAGAUGUUACCCAUCUAUAAUCACAAAGUGGGACCAUUCAACGAGACUGAAAGGGUCACACUUGUUUGUGAGGUCAAAGGAGGCGUGCCGCGACACCGUGUUUACUGGGUGACCAAAAUGUCAAAAACGGAAACCGUCCUUGAGGAUAUAACACGGGUACAUCUACCGCUAAUUGUUUCACGCGACUUGCUUCUACAUCCUUUCGUGUGCGUUUCGGAGGCCGUGGACGGCUUCGUCGAGAAUGUUACCGUAGUCGUUGACAUUAACGUUCCCGUUGAUUCCGUUACGAUCGCGACGAACCCUCGGAAUAUGACUGGCAUCGUCGAAAACAAAGAAGCCGAAUUCCACUGCAAAGCGACCGGUUCGAGACCUCCUGCACGGGCCGUAUGGAGCAUCGAGGGUGGACCUCCGCUCGAGCCGUUCUUCUACGAGGAAGUCGGGCGCAACCUCUCGACAACGUUCUCCGUGCUCAUGUUGCCGGGGAGGAAGAUACUCGACGGUCGCUACUUGCGCUGCACAAUCACGCACCCUGCAUUCGGCUCUGUCAUCAAGGAGUACCCGCUGAACGUUUUGUAUGCGCCCCGAACGCGCCUCCGCUUGGGGAAAGGAGUACGGGACGCUCACGACAUCCACGAAGGAAGUGAUGUGUAUUUCGAAUGCGUUGUCGACUCCAAACCGAAGCCUUCGAUGAUAUUUUGGUACCACAACGGUCGAUUGAUGGAAACAAAAGAUAUCCCGACGACGACAGCUGGAACUUAUCUAAUUCUCCAGAAAGUCAACGCAACACAUUCGGGGAACUAUGCCUGCCUUGCGACGAACGCGGUCGGUUCCACCGGCAGUGAGAAUGUCAGCAUCAUCGUAAAAUAUGCACCCCUUUGCGUCGGUCUGCAUCACGAAGGCUGGAACGGUUACUCCGCAACGAAUGUCACCGUAUUCUGCACCUUGGAUUCAAAUCCGAGCGAUAUCGACUUCGACUGGUUUGUGCAAACAGGGUUGAAGAAGAGCGACAAAAUCCGAUGGAACUUUUCAAUUGUGAACGAAACGACGAGUAGAGCAGUGAUCGAUCUCUCACGGUUCGAGCAACCGUCCGUUACGGUCGAGUGCGAGGGCAAGAACGACAUCGGCCUUCAACGGCUUCCCUGUGUCCUCCAGCUGUCCAAAAGAUACGAUCUGUACGAUGGCGAGCUGCGAGAUUGUACCGUGUCGAGCCACGACGAAGUGAUGUAUUUCGACCGUCUCGUCGUGCAGUGCCGAUUGCCAAGGACGCCACGGGCACCGAAUCUCUACGUGAUGGAAGUAUACUCGGGCGACGACAUGGCCCUCCUGCUCAAUGUCAGCUCCGGUACUCCGCAGUUUAUCAUCGCUUCGAGGAGUCUCGGCUCCGCUGACCACUUGAUAUUGCUCAUUUACUCCGUCAACACGAACACUUACGCUCGAUCACAAAGGACCGUGCGCUUAGCCGUGCAGACCAAUCCGCAUACGGCGCCGCUGGCUUCGAUGGAGUCGGCCACGCCCGCUGCCUUCUCGACAGAGAGUCUAGUCUUGCUGAUAUGCGUAUCGGCGUUGUUAUCCAUGGCUCUCAAAUGA